ACUCGCUCCCCUGUCCCGUCUGCGAGAGCCCGGCGUGUCUCGGUUCUGCAUAAUGCAGCUGCUCGCCGCUUUGUUUUCCGCACCGCGCGGUGUGGGGAGUGUGAGGGAGCGAAGCGGGGACUAACUAAGUUCGGAGCAGGAGGAGGAAGAGGGCGACCCGUUCUCUCAGCGGAACGAAACCUUUCCCAAGCGGGGCAUCUUUCCCGGCCGCCCCAGGGCUGAUCAAGUCACUCCCUGCUGCAAACUUCCCCGGAUCGUCUCCCGCGCACCGGAGAGAGCCAGGCAGAGAUUUGGUCGGGGACUCUCGCCGCGGCAGCAUGUUUCAGCCCACACCCAAGCGGUGUUUCACCAUCGAGUCGUUGGUGGCCAAAGACAGCCCCUUGCCCGCGUCUCGCUCCGAGGAUCCUAUCCGGCCGGCGGCACUCAGCUAUGCCAAUUCCAGCCCGAUGAACCCUUUUCUCAACGGCUUCCACUCCACUGGCAGGGGGGUCUACUCCAACCCGGACUUGGUCUUUGCAGAGGCCGUCUCUCACCCGCCUAAUCCGGCCGUGCCGGUCCAUCCCGUACCCCCUCCCCACGCCCUGGCCGCCCACCCGCUGCCCGCUUCUCACUCCACACACCCGCUCUUCGCCUCGCAGCAAAGGGAUCCCUCUACCUUCUACCCCUGGCUAAUACACCGCUACCGGUAUCUGGGCCACAGGUUCCAAGGGAAUGAAACCAGUCCGGAGAGCUUCCUAUUGCACAAUGCACUGGCCAGGAAACCCAAACGGAUCCGUACAGCUUUCUCCCCAUCCCAAUUACUGAGACUGGAACAUGCCUUUGAGAAGAACCAUUAUGUAGUAGGAGCAGAGAGAAAACAGCUGGCACACAGCCUCAGCCUCACGGAAACUCAGGUAAAAGUAUGGUUUCAGAACAGACGGACAAAAUUCAAGCGGCAAAAGUUGGAAGAGGAAGGUUCAGACUCACAACAGAAGAAAAAAGGGACUCAUCACAUUAACCGGUGGAGAAUCGCUACCAAACAAGCCAGUCCAGAGGAAAUCGACGUCACCUCGGACGAUUAAAAACUGGCACUUUUGGACUUUUCAAAGCCAGGCACCCAACCAACAGAAAGUGUUAAAGGCUCACCCCCUCCACACACACACACUUUGGAAUGGUGGUGCGGGGAAGAGACAAGGAGAUCUUCAUAAAAAAUGCGAUUCCCGCCUGGGAGGGCAGCUGGGAGCGAGCGAGAGCGAGAGGUCCGGACUGUGGCACUGCCGGCACCGCUCUGGCAAGGGUGGAUCUGUCAAUCAAAGCCAAAACACCGGGACGAGGUGAUUGACAGGUAUUCCGUUUCUCGCAGUCCACUUUUAAAAGCAUAGCGUCGAAAAAUUGUAAAAAAAAAAAAAAAAAAAAAAGUAUUAAAAAAAAAAUUAAAAAAAAAAAAAAAAAAAAACCCCCAAACCCAAACCCGACUCAACAAACCCAAAACUCGGAACCACCCCCGCCCCCCUUUCCCCAACUAAACCAGAAUAAUGAUCACCUUAGAGGACAUUUUGCACUUCACAGUUUUUUCCGUCUUUGCAAGAGAAAUUUCCAUUAACAGCCAACCCCCACACCUGUUUCAGAAACUUGAAUUGCAUGUGCAAAGCCGACUGGGCUGAAAAAAAAAAAACCAAAACAAAAACAAAAAAAAAAGGAAAAGAAAAAGAAAAAAAAGGGGAAAAAAAAAAAGGGGGGAAAUGACCUUGGUUCCUAAAGACAGAAAUGAAUUGUAAUUUUUUUCCCUUUAAGACAGGUUCUGUGUGCUUUUUAAUUUUAUUUUACGAGAAAUGUGCAGUCUGUAAACAUUUUAUGAUAACUUCUGGCGUCAAAGUGUUUGUGAAAGCUAAAUGAAGUAGCAGUAACCAAGCAUAGUGUUCCUUCCUGAUGGACAACCAAGGUGGGGCAGGGGAGGGACGGGAGGGAAAGGAUUGGAGGGGGGAGGGUGGGGGAAGGUUGGGGAUGGUCAUAACUUUUGCUGCCAAAAAAAAAAAAAAAUCAAAUCGAAUUGCCCCCCCCUCAGCUCCCUCCUCCUCUUAGUUGUAUCCCCAUUGCAAAACGGGACGAUGAUUAUUUUUUAAGAACCCAGCGACCAGGUUUGGCCCUGGGGACACCUCCCAGUCUGGGAGGAUACAGAGAAAAGGGACCUAAAAUCGCGGAUUAUUUUUUAUUUUAUUCUAUUUUUUUUCCUAAUGGUCAUUUUCAUUGGGGCAAUUUUCAAGCACUGACCUUAUAAUAUUCCCAGAUCAUAGAGCUACUAAAAAAAAAGUGACAAAAUGUUUCCCUCAUGUCUUCUAUACCAGAAUGUAAAUAUUUUUUGUGUUUUGUGUUUAAUUUGUUAGAAUUCUAACACACUAUAUACUUCCAAGAAGUAUGUCAUUGUCAAUAUUUUGUCAAUAAAGAUUUAUCAAUAUGCCCUAAA